UUGUCCUGAGGAUGGAAUGACCAAGGCAAAUAAUCGCGCUUCACGAGCCGCGUGCACGCACCCCCGAAUUAUUCCAUUUGGUCCAUGUAAUUAUUGUGUGAUAAUGAAAGAUAUUGGUAAUCCGAUAGUGAAGCGGUGCGUGAUAUAAUUGGCAGUGGGCCGUGCGUAUGAAUUGGCAAUGUAUGUGCGUGUCGUGUCCAAGGGAAGCUGACCUGAGCCAACGCUUUGAUAAAAGUUGGCGGGAACGUGGUUGGCGGCUCUUUACAAUCGCUUCCCUUAUGUCACUCUGUGUUAUUGCCACUUAAUACGUUCGUUAUUAAUAUGAAUUCGUUUUUGAAAACUGGCAAAAUAGGCCAAAAAGAAACGGUUAAAGUACCAACUACGUCGAAGGCGAAGGGCACUCCUCGUCAAAAAGCUACACCUUGGGUCGAAAAAUACAGACCUAAAACUGUGGAUGAAGUCGUUGAACAAGAUGAAGUUGUGGAAGUAUUGCGACAGUGCUUGUCCGGUCAGGAUUUUCCAAAUCUUUUACUGUAUGGACCGCCGGGUACUGGUAAAACAAGUACAAUUUUAGCUGCAGCUAGACAGCUUUUUGGAACUAUGUAUAAGGAAAGGAUAUUGGAGCUGAAUGCAUCGGAUGAAAGAGGAAUUCAAGUAAUAAGAGAUAAAGUGAAAUCGUUCUCUCAACUUACGGCGAGCCACAUCAGAUCCGACGGUAAAUCUUGUCCACCGUUCAAAAUUGUAAUUCUGGAUGAAGCAGACAAUAUGACAGGGGCAGCACAAUCAGCUUUAAGGCGAACAAUGGAAAAAGAAUCGCAUACAACUCGAUUUUGUCUUAUUUGUAAUUAUAUUUCCCGAAUUAUUCAACCCCUAACAUCUCGUUGCACAAAAUUUAGAUUUAAGCCUCUUGGAGAAGAAAAGAUUAUUCAGAGAUUGGAAUAUAUUUGUAACGAAGAAGAUCUGAAAGCAGAAAAAAGCGUACUUAAAACUGUUGUCGAUGCAUCCGGGGGAGAUUUACGGAGAGCGAUAACUUGCUUACAAUCUGUUACAAGGCUUAAAGGAAAGGGGAUUGAAAUUACUAUAGAUGAUGUGCUAGAAAUAUCCGGUAUUGUUCCAGUCAAGUGGCUCGAUGAUUUAUUAAAAGUCUGCGAAACAAAAAACUAUAACGAAGUCGAAGCUUAUGUUGAUAAAUUCAUGUUAGAGGCUUAUUCGGCAAGUCAGGUCGUAGAUCAAUUAAACGACAUUAUUAUUUAUUCAAAUAUACUUACAGAUAAGCAAAAAGCUUUAAUCGCAGAAAAACUUGCGAUAUGCAGCUAUAGAUUGCUAGAAGGAGGAAGUGAAUAUGUACAGUUUAUGAAUCUUUGCUGCGGUAUUAUGCAGGCAUUUGAAAUACGAUGAUCGCGUGGCAUUAUUUUAGAAACAACACUCUUCGGUAUUUCACUCUCAAUCAUAUUGAUUACCUCGUCGAUCUUCGUACAAGUUAAAUCAGAUUUGUGCACUUAAAAAUUUUGGCACGAUACAAUAUGAGCUUAGAAAAUCAGUGGUUUAACCUGUUUAAACUUUUCAAAUUGAAUUUGUUAAUUAAAUCUAAAAAAGCAUAAA